CUUCGCGAUGUCCUUUGUUAAUCUCUCCCGCCCACCUCUCGACCAUCGACCACACAGCGACUCGUCUGCUCGGCCCAGGUUCAACUCGCAAAACACAUCCGACCGUCUGAGAGAGGGAUCCGGUCUCAGGCCACCGCCAUUCUCAAUGGUCAGCAACAUCAAGAAAGACAGGAAAUCGGUAUUCAGGGAGCUGGGACUGGACGACGACCUCAGUGACGACUGCGCCUCGCCCAUAACAGAGUCUUUCCAACACGCUCGUGAGCGAAACGAGUCGAUGCUGAGCGAGAAGGGACUCGGAGACGUAUCAGGGUUGGCUCCGAAGCGCAAAGAUACUUUGAACGAUGAUGGCGACGACGACGACCACGACAACGAUGAUGGCGGGGAGGACAGACAUUCAGAGCCGGAACAACGCGAUCUACAAAUGGAGCACCGUCGCACGAAUUCCAACCAGGUCGCUAAACACUCGUGGUACAACAAACUCUCGCAGGGCUACCGGCGGCCGAGGAUCAGGACGGCUUCAAGUGCGCCACCUCCCACCGUCUCGAGCCUACACCGGCUCGGCAUGAUUGUGUUGCUCAUCGCUGUCAUCCUCCCGGCCUUUAGUUAUAACAAUGGUCGUCAGAAAGUUGGGAGCGGCGCGGACGCGGGCGUGAUACGUCCGAGGCAGACGGCGUCGACGGACGUCUGUCUGAGAUGGGCUCAGCAAGCGGCCUUGCUCAACGGAACCCUGUACAUGUACGGCGGCCAAUCCAAGACGGAUAAGUCGCAGACGGUCAAUACGUGGAACAACGACUUCCUCACCCUUGACCUGACGCAGUCGUGGGACACGAAGUCGCCUGCCCUGAAGGGCAUGAAGAGACCCGACGGACCCCCCGCGGUAGCCAACGGCUUCCUCUGGCAGGACUACGAUAACCUCUAUCUUUACGGCGGCCAGUUUGCCGACAAUGACGGCGCGGAGGGCGUUUACGCCACCGUCCCUCCCAUGUCCAUCUGGCGAUACUCCGUCAAGGGCGACUCCUGGAUAGAGUUCAAAGAUCCCCGCACCUCGGCCGGCAACUACUCGACCGCAGCCAACACGCCUGUCCAGCGCUCAGCAGAGGGCGCUGGCCUGUCAGUACCCGAGCUCGGCUUGAGCUGGUAUUUCGGCGGCCACCUCGACUGGCUCACGACCGAAGGCUGGUCGAUCCACACGCCUAGGGUCUACCUCAAGAGCCUGCUGGAGUUCACCCACCCGGGCUUCUCCAACACCGGCGUCGACACCCUCCGCGGCGCCGGGGCCGCCGACGGCGGCGUCUUCCGCAACAUCACCGAGGGCGGCCUGCAGGAGACGGACGCGUUCCCGGAGAGGGCCGACGGCGUGCUGGUCUUCGUGCCCGGCUGGGGAAUUCGAGGCGUCUUGAUCGGCAUGGCCGGCGGGUCGGACAGGACCUUCGUCGACGACCUCGGGACGCUAGACGUCUUUGAUAUUGCCACGUCCGAGUGGUACCAUCAGCGCACGACGGGCGACCGGCCAUCUGUGCGCGUCAACCCUUGCGCCGCCAUCGCCAGCGCCCCGGACGCGUCAAGCUUCCAGAUCUACUUUUUCGGUGGCCAGACCCUCCAGCCCUUUGGAAACCAAACGCAGUACAACGACAUGUACAUCCUCUCCAUACCCGCCUUCACCUGGAUCAAGGUGGACGCGGGCGACGGGGUCCCCGCGCCCCGGGCAGGACACACGUGUACCAUGCGCGACGGCCAGAUCAUCGUCGCCGGCGGGUACAUCGGCCCAGAUGCCAAUUGCGAGUCGCCCGGCGUAUACGUGUUCGACGCGAGCAAUCUCCGGUGGACGAGCUCUUUCGAGGCCGGCGACCACCCGGCGGACCUGAGCCCCGAAAACUCGGUCCUCGCCGGCUCGUAUGGCUACAAAGUCCCCGACAAGGUGCAGAGCGUCAUCGGCGGCAGCUCCGACGGCGGAGCCACCGCGUCGACCCCGGCCGCCGGCCCCGCCACCGGCGGUCCGUUUGCUACCGGCAGGUCUCCGGUCUUCACCAUCACGCAGGGCGGCUCGACCGCCACAAUCACGUCUUUCGGCCCGACGAGCACCUCGAACCCCGACAAGAGCGGAGGGGAUGACCGAGGCACGAAUCCAGGCCUCAUCGCGGCGGGCGUCAUCGCCGGCAUCCUCGGCGCGCUGGCGCUGUACCUGGGCUUCUGCGCCUGGCUGUACCGCCGCCAGGUUGCCGCCUACAAGCAGCACCUUUCGCAGGUGAACCGCUACUCUGGCGCCAGCCCAAUGCACUUCGAGGAGGCGGCCGGAUUCUUCCCUGGCCGGGCCGCGGGCAAGGGCGGCCGCGGGCACAAACGCGACGGCAGUACCGUCAGCGACGAGUCAUUCUCGUGGGUCGGCACGGGGGUCGAGCCGAAGUGGAUGACGGACGAUCCGACCCCGGGCGGCUCCGGGUCCGGCGGCGGCGGCGGCAGCAGCAGCGUAGGCGGACCUCCGAGGAAGAGCGAGGACGCGAGGACGUUCAGGAGCGGCCCGAGCGGGACAGCGAACGACCCAAGGACGAGCUCGAGCAGGCACGCCAACACGGAUAACGAGAGCGUGUCCAGCACGGAGCAGCUGCUCGAGGGCCAGGAGCCGAGCUUCUUCUCGGUCGUCAUGGGUCCCCGCCGCGCCCUGAGGGUUGUCAACAGUAGCGAGUGA